CUUUGCUUCGGCCCCGCCCCCAGCCGGCUGCAGCCGCGUCCCGGCGCUGUUUGCUCCCAGUUCCCUCCCAGCGCUCCCAGUAAGAGCGGGACUGGCAGGGAGGGCGCUCCCAAUUCCUGCCCGGUGCUCUCACCAUCGCUCAUAGCGCUCCCAGCAAGAGAGGACUGGCAGGGAGAGCGCUCCCCAUUCCUGCCCGGUGCUCUCACCAUCGCUCCCAGUAAGAGCGGAACUGGCAGGGAGAGCGCUCCCAGUUCCUGCCCGCUGCUCUCACCAUCGCUCCCAGCGCUCCCAGUGUCGCUCCCAGAGCCGGGCGGGGCGGGGCCGCUUUGGAACCCCCCGGGCAGAGCGCGGCUGCUUUUGGGUGUCGGCACCGCCCGGGCCGGGCUGGGAGCGGAGCAGGAGCUGCAGGGAGAGGAGGGAGAGAGGAAAAUAAAAAGGAAAGGGAAGGAGAGGAUCGAGAGGAAAAGGAGCAGGACGAGGAGGGAAAAGGAGGAGCGGGAGAGGAGCAGCAGUAGCAGCACCACGCGGCUGCCCCGGUUCCGCCGGCAUCGCCCCCCGGCGCCGCAGGAUUUCCCAUUCCCAAACUUCGGCCCGAUGGAGGAGGAGAACGAGGCUGCGAGGAGGAGGAAGAUGCCCCGGGACACUGAGGCAGACAAGGAGCUGAGGAUGGAGAGCAGGGAGGACAAAUCCCCAAAGCAGAACCUCGUGGAAGAGGCCGUUUUGAGCGGCUGCACAGCACAGGAAUCCAAUGGGGAGGAAAAGCCCUGGAGAUCCCACAGGAGGAGGGGCUGCAAACAUGGAUCACGGGGAUCCGAGGAGGAAAGACCCACCCUGUGCCAGGGAGGCGGCUGGAGCUCAGAGCUGGGGGUCCCUGAGCAGCUUCACAAUAGGCAGAAGCUCUACAAGUGCUCCAAAUGUGGGAAGAGCUUCAGAAAGAGAUCCUACCUGAUCAAUCAUUUUAGAAUGCACACUGGGGAACGGCCCUACGAGUGCGGGCAAUGUGGAAAGAGCUUCAGAUGGAGCUCCCACCUGAACUCCCACAUGGGAAUCCACACUGGAGAAAGGCCCUAUGAGUGUGGGGAGUGUGGGAAGAGCUUCAGCCAGAACUCCAACCUGAUCCGCCACCAGCGCAUCCACAUUGGGGAGAGGCCCUACGAAUGUCCUGAGUGCGGGAAGAGCUUCACAGCCAGAUCCAACCUAACUGUCCACCAGAGGAGCCACACCGGGGAAAGGCCCUACAAGUGUGACAAAUGCAGCAGGAGGUUUCAGAUCAGCUCCAAUCUCCUCCAGCACCAGCGCACGCACACAGAGGAGAGGCCCUUCCGCUGCCCUGACUGCAGGCAGGGCUUCAGGGACAAGUACAGCCUCCUCAGGCACCAGCACAUCCACACCGGGGAGAAGCCCUAUGAGUGUCCCAAGUGUGGGAAGAGCUUCAGUUUGAGGUCCAACCUGAUAAUCCACCAGAGCAGCCACACGAAGGAACGACCCUACGAGUGUGGGGAGUGCGGGAAGAGCUUCGCCUACAACUCCAGCCUGAUCCGCCACCAGAAGAUUCACACAGGGGAGAAGCCCUACGAGUGUGAUAAAUGCAGGAAAAGGUUUCAGACCAGCUCCAGUCUCCUCCUGCACCAGCGCACACACACAGAGGAGAGGCCCUUCCGCUGCCCCGACUGCAGGAAGGGCUUCAGGCACAACUCCACCCUCGUGAGGCACCAGCGCAUCCACACCGGGGAGAGUCCCUACGAGUGUCCCCAGUGUGGGAAGAGCUUCAAGACGAGCUAUGAACUGACUGCCCACCAGAGGAGCCACACAGGGGAACGGCCCUACGAGUGUGGGGAGUGUGGGAAGACCUUCAGCCAGAGCUCAAACCUGACUGCCCACCAGAGGAUCCACACCAGGGAGAGGCCCUAUGAGUGUCCCCAGUGUGGGAAGAGCUUCUCACAGAGGUCAGCCUUGACCCAACACCAACGCAGCCAGCACUGAGGGAAGCUGUGGGAGUGCCCCGAGUGCGGGAGCAGCUUUGUGUGCUGCUCCAGCUCCCCAACUCCAUCCCCCACGGGAGGAUCCGCGCUGGAUGAUCCCCAGUGACCCCCGGUGCUGGGGCAGAGCCCCAGUGAUCUGUGGUGCUGGUGAUCCAUGUUUGGAAGACACCUGGCUGGGGGCUCCACAUCCUCCUGGCUCCCUGUGGACACCUGGACACAUCCACUGACCAACAUCAGAAAUCCAUUGUGGAGAGCAGAUUUGUCAACUUCUGACCCCAGAAAAAUCUCACUUUUUGCAUCUUUUGAUCGCAUCAAGUAACACUGGAUGGCCUUGGAGGUCUUCUCCAACAUAAAUCCAUCCUUUUAAUUCUCUCUGGCCCAUGGGAAUUUUCCACAGCCAAAUGGGGUUGGAUUGGGGCAAAACCCAUGGUUCUGGAGACAGUGGGGUAGAAACCCCUCCAAAAAAAGUUCUCUCCAUCCACCCAAGCAUGUGGAUGCUCUGCUGGCAGGGACACAUAAAUCCUUUUGUUUUGGCCUUCAAACACAAAGGUUUCUGUUCAUACCUUUGAAAGCCCUGAAACUGGGGUAAAAAUAAAGACAUGGAACUAUG